AUAUAUAUAUUCCUAUAACAUAAACGGAAGUUCGCAGUACAUUUCGCAGCAGUGUCUUUUGUGUCGCGCGACUUUACAAAACGAUGGAUCUCAUCGUAUCGAGUUUGAUCUUCAUCCUUCCUGUGUGGACCUAUUUGUGGUUCAACAAGAGCACAAAACUGCGUCUAUCAUAUUAUCUAGAUGUGGUUUGUUUUAUUCUGAAACGAUGGUGGGCUCUCAAGUGCAUUUCUAAAAGCAAGAAAAAAGAUAAUAAGGAAGACAUCAGAACACGUACACUUGAAAGAAUUUUGAAACCGUAUGUAGAUGAACCAAAACUUAUGUUGGAUAAAAAUAGUUCUGAUAGCGUGUCUUUCUACGGUGCUGAUCAGAAUGGUAAUUCCUUCUUUGUGAAAAUAAAUUACAGAGGAUAUCACUUGGCAGAAAUAGUUUUACAACUGAUCUUAAAAGACGGCCGAACUUACGUGCUUCCCAAUUAUCCUGAUACAUUUACGGAAAAAGGUUUACGACGUACAUCUCAGAAAUGGUCGGCAUCAGAUCUAAACAUUGAGAUAUUAGAACCGCGACAACGUUGGAGAAUCACUUACAAUGGUUUCCUUCGAAAUCAGUGUAAGAGGAACAUGACUAACGACGACAACUUGGAACAUGUUCGUUUAAGUUUUAUAUUUAUAGGACAUUCUCAACCAUUGGAAUGGCCGAGUGACUGGAGCACUCAGUUACACGCGGACGCUUUAGCAUCCGAGCCUUGGAAAGGUCCCGAUUGGAUGCAUAAAAUCAAAUUGCUUGAUUACGUCGGUUUUGAUCAAUACGGAUCUAUCAUCGGACAGAUAAUAUUCAAAGAUUCAAGUGCAACUGCACUUUAUCUUCACGGUCUCUCCCAGCGGCGUUGGGGUAAACACGAAUCUUAUCAGUUUCACCGAAUAAUCACGUUUCUUGGUGUGACAAAACAAGGAGCUCUCUAUUAUCUUGGUGUGGGCAAAACCAAACAUAGUUUUUCACACAUGCAAUUUGGUCAUCUCGAAGAAGCAGGAGGCAAAGUGUCUAAAAUUGAUUGGACUGAUCUUAAAUUAGAAGAGUUUGACAAAGGAGAUAGCGUUUCUAUGAACUACAAAAUUGCAUUUACGGCCGGUGGUAAACGAUAUAACAUUGUUAUCAACUACAUUGAAAGGAACGAAGCGAUAUGUUACAAUGGUCAGCCUCGCAACUGGAUAUGUACGACUCGCAAUUUCGAUGCAGAAGUAAAUGGCAAUAAUGGUUUGCGAUGGCAAGGUGUUGGACAGAUGAUGGUGUGUUGCGCGUAUACCGAAUCGCAUACAAACGUAACUCUUUCGGUUGAAAAUAAUUCUUCUGAGAGAAUUCAAUAUCUGAUACGACCAGUCGCGUCCGCACAAGAAAACACGUACAUUCUGCAAUUUACUGACAAGCAAUGCCAGAACGAAAGCCUGGUCGGGGGAAAAGGAUAUUCGCUUGCGGUUUUGACAUCUAUCAGCAAGAAAGAUAGUGAAACCAGAAAGUUUAUAGUUCCGGAAGGUUUUUGUGUAACAACUCUCGCCCUGGAACAUCAAUUACAGCAUCCCGAAUUAAAACAUUUGAUUGAUGAUAUAGUAGACAUUAGUUGUGGCAAGAAGAAAGAAGAUCUCAAAGAUUAUUGCGACAAAGCAGUGUCCAUUAUUCAGAACACUCCUGUUAAAGAACAAAUUGAAAAAGUAAUUUUAGAAAAUUUGAAAAAAUUGGAAUUGUCCACAAAUGAAAUGCACCAUCGAUAUGCCGUAAGAUCGAGCGCCGUUGGUGAAGACAGCGAGGAAACUUCGGCUGCUGGACAAAACUCAACGUACUUGGGUGUGAAAGAUGCGAACGAAGUUGUCAAAAACGUGGCAAAUUGCUGGGCGAGCUUAUUCUCGCACAGAAGUGUCGAAUAUAGAAGACAGAAUGGAUUGCCUAUAAAAGCAUCUAUGGGCGUUUGCGUUCAGACGAUGGUUGAUGCAGAAGCAGCCGGAGUUAUGUUUACCAGAGAUCCCAUGACUGGGGAUCCAUCUAGCAUUGUGAUUUCGGCCAAUUACGGCUUGGGAGAGACAGUAGUGUCAGGAAAAGUCGAGCCCGAUACUGUGACAAUUUAUAGAAAGUCAGACAACACUCUGACUUUGGACGAUCGAGGAAUAAAAAUAGGAAGUAAAGGACAAAAGAUGUCAGUAAGCAAUGAAGGCGUGACUACGAGCAAUGUGAGUGAAAAAGAAACUGAGGAGAUGUCGAUAUCUAGGGCGAUCGCUUUACGCAUAGCUGAAAUAGGAUUGCAAUUGGAAUCAAUUUUCGGAUCUGCUCGAGAUGUGGAAUGGGCAGUGGUCGGCGAGCACAUCUUUUUAUUGCAAGCGCGACCUAUUACUAGUCUUAACGCAUGGACGGACUUCGAGCUUAUGCACGAAUUGGAUUCGGGAGUUCCUAGCAACGUUAACCUCAUGACUUUCGCCAACGUUGGCGAAGUCCUUCCGCAUCCCGUUUCUCCAUUGACAAUCUCUACUAUUGUGAAAGUUUUGAAUAUGGCGCUUGGCGCAAAAGUUGAUACGUAUGACGUGAAGUUUCUCCACAUGAUCGGUAUGAGAUGUGCGAUAAAUUACAUCGACUCAGCUCUGCGGGACGUUAAUAUAGAAAUAACAAUGUUGAAUAAAAUGAUAGACUUAGCAAUAUCCGGACACAUAUUAAUGACGCCUGAAGUGCACAAAGCUGCAAUAGAGAAGUUCGGUGUCGCAAGCGGUUGGCAACAAAUUUAUUUGUUAUACGAUCUGAUUAAAACAGUAUGGAUGAAGGACACAUUGGCAAAACAAGUGACUGCCGUAUAUAGUAAAUAUACGUUAGAUGCUAAUAAAUUUGAUACAGCUUGCAGUUUAUACAACGAAAUAAAUAAUAAAUACGAAGAAAUAUUUCUAUUGGGACAAUAUCACAACUUACUGUCCCUGGUGAGCGUCUGUACUCAGGUGUUUGCGAUGAAUCUUAUUACAAACGGCAACAUCGAUUUUACAUCCGAUCAUUUUGCUGACAUUGCCGUUCUGUUGAGCUCGUGCACCAAUGUUAUUAGCACAGAAGUGCCGAUUGUUCUCGACGAGAUAGCGACAUGUAUCAGAAAGAAUGGCAAAGCAGAGAAGUUUAGGGAAAUCGAACCCGCGCAAGCUGCGGCUUGGUUAAAAUCGAAUUGUCCUGCUGCGGCGAAAAAACUUCAGACCUUUUUUGACACGCACGGUCACAGAGGUGUUCAAGAAUUGGAUUUGUUCGCAGAACCUUGGAUACUUAGACCCGACAACAUUAUCAGCACGAUUCAGGCGUUAACAACGUCUUGCGAAAACAAGAAACAACAUAAAACGCUUACCGUUCAAGACACCAUAGCGUCUCUGAGAACACCAAUAACGUCGUUCAAAAAAAGAAUUCUAAGCAAGGUGAUACCUCUCUUUCGAAAAGCUGUUACACAUAGAGAAUUCACGAAAAACGCAACUACAAAGGCUGUGCACAUACUGAGAUUAGCCUACAGACGACUCGGCCAUUUGAUGGUUUCGGAAGGUUACAUACCUGAUGAGAUUCUUAUAUUUUUUUUAACUCAUCCAGAGAUUGGACAGCUUUUAAAUAAUGAUAACAAUUCUCUCGCUAUUCGUACUCUACUCGUGCGAAAAGCGUUGCGUAGAAAGAAGAUUUAUUUCCAAGUAGCAGAACUUGAAUAUCCGGAAUUCACUACUGGCAUGCCAAUGCCAAUAGAGAAAACUCUUGACAUUUCAUCUUAUGAAGAAUGCACCAAGAUCAAAGGUACUUCAGUUUGUGGAGGUUCUGUACUGGGUCGAGCAUGCGUCAUAACCGAUUUAUUCGAGGCAAAACAUAAAAUAAAACACGGAGAUAUCUUGAUCACGCACUGCACCGACAUCGGUUGGAGUCCAUAUUUCCCGUUGCUUAAAGGCAUUAUAACAGAAUUGGGUGGUCUAAUAAGCCACGGUGCCGUCGUCGCGAGGGAAUACGGCCUGCCGUGUAUUGUCGGCGCUAAAAACGCAACGCAAGUUUUUCAAACAGGAGACUCUGUACUAUUGAACGGUGAUACUGGAGUGCUACACUUGAUUGAAAAAAACAAAGAAUUGUAAACGCGAAUCUGGCACAGGAAGAGAGCACUAUUUCCAGAUUGAUUUUAUAUAUAUAAAUUUAAUUUAUAUAUAAAA